AUGUUUUUGGAGUAUCCAGUUGAUUGUGAAUUCCCGAUUGAAAAUCUUCCUUAUGGUGUUUUCUCAACUCCACAAGAUAAGCGUCGACGUAUUGGAGUUGCGAUUGGAGAUUAUGUAUUGGAUCUCUCCAUUAUUAAGCAUUUAUUUAAUUCUAAAAACCUCAUUAACCACCAAAAUGUUUUUGAGGAAGAAACGUUGAAUGCAUUCAUGUCUCUUCCUUGCGUUGCAUGGAAAGAAGCACGAGCAAUUUUACAGAGAAUUUUGGGUCGAAACGAUGGAACUAUUCGCGAUAAUGCAGAGUUACGAGCAAAAGCUUUAUUCUUACAAAAAGAUGUUAUAAUGCACUUACCAGCAACAGUCGGUGAUUAUACAGAUUUUUAUUCUUCAUUUUACCACGCCUCAAAUGUUGGAAUGAUGUUCAGAAAUAAGGAUGAUCCACUUCUCCCAAAUUGGAAGUGGUUGCCAGUUGGUUAUCAUGGUCGAGCAUCUAGUAUUGUGGUAUCCGAGACUCCAAUUUAUAGGCCAUACGGCCAGAUUAAAACUGAUCAAGCUGAUCGUCCUGAAUUUGGCCCAUCGAAACUCGUUGAUUUUGAACUGGAAAUGGCCUUUUUCAUUGGUGGUCCUGCAACGAAUGUCGGUGAAAUAGUUCCUAUUGAAAAAACCGCGGAUCGAAUUUUCGGAAUGGUUCUUAUGAAUGAUUGGAGUGCUCGAGAUAUUCAAAAAUGGGAAUAUGUUCCAUUGGGUCCAUUUCUUGGCAAAAGUUUUGGUACAACAAUUUCACCUUGGAUAAUUACAAUGGACGCUUUAGCACCAUUUGUUAUUGCGAAUCCUGUUCAGGAGCCAGCUCCUAUGUCUUAUCUGCAACAUAAUGAUCCAUACACUUUCAAUAUUCAUCUCGAGGUUUCCAUAAAACAUUUUAUUCUAAUAAUUCAUAAAUGUUUUUCGAAUAUGUAUUGGACAAUGAAACAACAACUUGCUCACCAUACGAUUAAUGGUUGCAAUAUAAGACCUGGUGAUUUAAUGGGGUCAGGAACAGUGUCAGGCCCGGUACUGUCAGAAAAUUCGUUUGGUUCGAUGCUUGAACUCUCAUGGAAUGGAACAAAGAAGAUAACGGUCGGAAAUCAGCAACGUAUAUUUCUUCAUGAUAAUGAUGUAGUUAAUUUGAAAGGAUGGUGCCAAGGUGAUGGUUUUCGCAUUGGAUUUGGUGAUUGUCGUGGCAAACUGCAUCCGGCUUCUAUGAAAAAAUAG